UAUUUUCUUCUCUCUCGCUUUCUCUCUCUUUCGCUCUUUUUCUACCAGCUCACCUCUCUGUUAUUCAUUGGCGCAAGAGAGGAGAGAGAGAGGAGCUAGGGCGGCGACAGGUAGAGCGAAAAUCAAUUCGGCAAUCAGAUCUCUAUACUCCCCAGCUGCAUUUUCUGAUCCGAUCUUAUCUUGGAGGCCUUUCUUAUCGGAGUGGUUUCCGUUUCAAGGUUUUGAUUGUUUAGGCGAUAGUAGUCUUGCGGAAUCCAGAAGUUUUGUGAGAGUGUAGGUCUGGAGAUCUUCAAACUUCCUGUGGAAGGAUUUUUAAUUUGAUGCUGGUGACAAUGGGACUUGUCUCAAGGAACUUCUAUCCUGCAUGCGAGAACCUGUGCGUUUUUUGUCCUUCAUUGAGGACAAGUUCACGGCAGCCAGUGAAGCGGUACAAGAAGCUAUUAGCUGAUAUUUUCCCUAAAUCCAAGGAUGAAGAACCCAAUGAUAGGAAGAUUUGUAAAUUGUGUGAAUAUGCUUCAAAAAAUCCUCUGCGCAUACCAAAGAUAACAACUUAUUUGGAGCAAAGAUGCUACAAGGAGUUGAGGUCCGAGGAGUUUGUCUUUGUAAAGAUAAUCAUGCGCAUUUAUCAUAAAUUAUUAUUUUCCUGUAAGGAGCAAAUGUCACUAUUUGCGAGCAGCUUUCUAACAAUCAUUGAAACUCUGUUGGACCAGCCAAGGCAGGAUGAAAUGCGCAUAGUUGGAUGCAAAACCCUUUUUUACUUUGUAAACAGUCAGAUAGAUGGUACUUACAUGUUCAAUUUGGAAGGCAUGAUUCCAAAAUUUUGUCAGCUUGCUCAAGAGAUUGACGAGGAUCUUCGUGCUGCUGGGCUGCAGGCCCUUUCUGCAAUGAUUUGGUUUAUGGGUGAAUACUCUCAUGUAUCUGGAGAGUUCGACAAUGUUGUUACAGUUGUCUUGGAAAAUUAUGGACAUGCUCAUCUAAGUUCAGAAGGUGUUCAAGAUUCUGAGCAAGGUACCCAGAACAAAUGGGUCCAAGAAGUCCUCAAGGCUGAAGGUCACGUGUCUCCUAAUCUUGGGGAAUAUGCAAGGCUUCUCUCUUGGAAGAACCUUGUAAAUGAUAAGGGAGAACUUUGUUUGACACUAGAUGAGUCCAAGAGCCCCAGGUUUUGGUCAAAGGUUUGUGUGCAUAACAUGGCCAUGCUAGCCAGGGAAGCAAGUACUGUUCGGCAUGUUUUGGAGUCUAUCUUUCGAUAUCUUGAUAGUGGUAAUUUGUGGUCACCUGCAAAUGGGCUUGCUCUUUUGGUCUUGCUUGAUUUGCAAAGGAUAAUGGAAAAAUCUGGGCAAAACACGCAUUUCUUGUUAUCCAUGCUGGUCAAGCAUCUUGACCACAAGGCAGUCCAGAAACAACCAGAAAUGCAGAUAAACAUGAUCAAUGUUGCCACUUGUCUUGCUGAGCACUCAAAACCUCAGACUUCUCUGGCAAUUAUCAGCACUAUAAAUGAUCUUGUCAGACAUUUACGAAGAAGUAUGCAGUGUACAAUUGUCAAUACAGGUUUGAGCGAGGAUAUGUCAAAAUGGGGCACCAAAUUCCAGACAGCGCUUGAGGAAUGCAUUGUUCAGUUAUCAAAUAAGGUUGGAGAUGCUGGACCUGUUCUUGACAUGUUGGCUGUAACACUGGAAAAUUUAUCAACUUCCGUGCCUGUUGCUAGGUCAACUGUUUCUGCUGUUUAUCGUACAGCUGAAAUGAUUGCAUCAGCACCAAAUAUUUCCUAUCAGAAGAAGGUUUUUCCAGAAGCAUUAUUUCAUCAAUUGCUCUUGGCAAUGGUUCAUCCAGAUCGUGAAACCCAUGUCGGAGCACACCGUAUCUUUUGUGAUGUUCUUGUUCCAUCUUCAGUACGACCUCGUAUGUGUUCCGCCGCUUCAGAACUACCCAAAGCAUAUGAUCUUCAUAGGACACUCUCUAGGACAGUUUCUGUCUUUUCAUCCUCGGCAACUCUUUUCGAGAAGCUAAGAAGGGAAAUGCAUUCCUUCCAAGAUCGUGCAUCUAUAGAUGAUCUCGACAAAAUUAACCAUAGAAAUGAUGGGCAGGAAAUUGGUAGUGAUAGCACAAAACUUUAUAAACGUCUUUCAACUCAAAAUCGUCUUUAUAGCAUGGAAGACCCUUUUUUGUCUUUGACAGAAGAACAUGAACCUCAGAGCAAACCUGAUGAGAGAGAACGGGACACAGUGUUACUUAGGUUGAGUGGUCGACAGAUCAACCUUUUGCUGUCAUCGAUAUGGGCUCAAGCUCUUUGUCCAGAAAACACUCCACAAAACUAUGAAGCGAUUGCUAAUACCUACGGCUUGAUACUUAUAUUUUCUCGUACAAAGAGCUCAUUUCAGGACACUCUUAUUCGAAGCUAUCAACUUGCAUUUUCUUUGAGAAGCAUUGCCCUUCGAGAAGGUUACUUACCUCCAUCACGGCGACGUUCUCUUUUCACUCUAGCAAAAGCGAUGAUUGUGCUUUCUUCAAAGGCUUUUGAUAUAUUACCUCUUGUUUCAAUUGCCAAGUCAUCUCUUCAGGUAACAAUGGUUGAUCCAUUUCUUUCUUUAGUUGAAGAUUGCAAAUUGCAGGCUGUGAUCUCCACAUCUGAUGCCCUAGUUGUUUAUGGUUCAAAAGAGGACGACAUUUAUGCAUCAAAAGCUCUUUCUGCAUCCAUAUUAGCAGAAGAUCAUUCGAUCGAGCACAUGGUUUCUGUAAUUAUUGACGAAUUUGGGAACUUAUCUAAUUCCGAAUCUUUUGCCAUGAGAGCUCAACUACUGAAGGAUUUCUUACCAGAUGAUUUAUGCCCAUUAGGUGGUCAGUUUGUGAAGGUGCCAGUGCCAGGUCAGUUAGCACCGCAUGGUAACGACCAUAAAUCUGAAAAAGAGGUCACUUCUACAGUUUUUCUAGAAGAUGACAUUCUUACUGAAGCAGCUGAUAGUGUCGUAGAUAGAAAAUCCCAUUUGCACAUGAAUGCCAGCCUUUUGAGCGUUGAUCAGCUACUAGAAUCUGUGCUUGAGACAGCUAGGAAAGUAGGAAGAACUUCGGUAUCAAUUACACCUGAUGUGCCAUUUAGAGAAAUGGCUAAUCACUGUGAGGCUCUUCUGUUGGGUAAACAACAAAAGCUUUCUGUUUUGGUAGUAUCCCAGCAAAAACAAGAAGUUUCACAGGAUCAAUAUAUUACAAAUCUGGCAGUUUCCUCAUAUCCAAACCAAUUACAAACGAAUGGAAAUCCUUUUCUGGAGCAAAAGCUCAAUACAUGUACACUCACCUGCUGCGCUACUGAGUAUCAAAACCAAGCCCAGUUCAUGAGACUCCCAGCUUCGAGCCCAUUCGACAACUUCCUCAAAGCCGCUGGCUGUUAAAUAUAUUUCUAGCUCUCAAAGGCUCCCCAAAUUUUGACUCGACUGCUAUUCUUUCAGGCUGGUAUAUCACAUAGCUGAGUUUUUCUUUUUUUAAUUUUGAAAUCUUAUUUGUUCGUUAUCGUCAAAUAUUCUUUCCCUGAUAAGAUAGGCGAGGAGAAGGUUGGUGAGAUAUCAUAUAUUUGUUGUAUAUUUUAAAUGUAUAAAGUUCCUUUUCAUAAAUGUGUGAUAAGACCAUACAUUUUAUUGAAUUUCUUUUGUCAUAGCAAUGAAAGCUAACUUUUAUGAAU